ACGUAUGUCAAAGGCGCCGAGUUCUGCACAGCCCCAGUGAGACAAGAGGCACGGAAAGCGGAUACAAGAGUAUUGUUAAUUGUUUUGUUUUUAAAGUAAACUUUUAGCGUGUUAUAACAAUGGAAGAAGACUAUUAUCACAGCUCGGCAGAGUGGAACGGGCAAGACGGAUCUCUGGACGAUGGGUACGUGGACGGGGAGGCUGAUGGGAAGAUUCAGGACGAAUGUAUGCAGAAGUUCUCCAGCCGGGAUUAUAUCAUGGAACCCAGCAUCUUUACCUCCUUAAAGACAUACUUCCAGGCUGGUGGGUCCCCAGAACGUGUUAUCCAGCUUCUGUCUGAGAACUACACCGCAGUGGCACAGACUGUCAACCUGCUGGCAGAGUGGCUCAUUCAGAUGGGAGUGGAGCCGGCCCAGGUUCAGGAGAGAGUGGAGAACCACCUGAAAACCCUGCUGAUAAAACACUUCGACCCUCAGAAGGCUGACUCCAUCUUCACAGUGGAGGGAGAGACCCCUGCGUGGCUGGAGCAGAUGAUUGCUCACACGACCUGGCGAGAUCUCUUCUACAAGCUAGCUGAAGCUCACCCAGACUGCUUGAUGUUAAACUUCACUGUCAAGCUCAUCUCAGACGCUGGGUACCAAGGAGAAAUAACCAGCGUCUCCACAGCCUGCCAGCAGCUGGAGGUGUUCUCCAGAGUGCUGCGGACUUCGCUGGCCACUCUGCUGGACGGAGGAGAGGAGAACCUGGAAAAGAACCUCCCGGAGUUCACAAAGAUGGUGUGCCACGGGGAACACACCUACCUAUUUGCCCAGUCCAUGAUGUCAAUACUGGCCCAGGAGGAACAAGGAGGCUCUGCAGUGCGCAGGAUCGCUCAGGAGGUCCAGAAAUCUGCUCAUGAAAGGGGGCAUGAUGCCAGCCAGAUCACUCUGGCUCUAGGAACAGCCGCUGCCUACCCUCGUGCGUGCCAGGCACUCGGAGCCAUGCUGUCCAAAGGAGCCCUGAACCCGGCUGACAUCACCGUCCUCUUCAAGAUGUUCACCAGCAUGGACCCUCCCCCCGUGGAGCUGAUCCGGGUCCCAGCCUUCCUCGAUCUCUUCAUGCAGUCCCUCUUCAAACCAGGUGCGAAAAUCAACCAGGACCACAAGCACAAGUACAUCCACAUCCUCGCCUACGCAGCCAGUGUGGUGGAGACCUGGAAGAAGAACAAACGAAUGAACAUCAACAAGGACGAGCUGAAGUCCACCUCGAAGGCCAUUGAGACAGUCCAUAACCUGUGCUGCAAUGAGAACAAGGGGGCCACAGAGCUGGUGGCUGAGCUCAGCACACUGUACCAGUGCAUCAGGUUCCCAGUGGUGGCGAUGGGCGUGUUGAAGUGGGUUGACUGGACAGUUUCCGAGCCUCGCUAUUUCCAGCUCCAGACAGACCACACUCCUGUACACUUGGCCUUGUUGGAUGAGAUCAGUACCUGUCACCAGCUCCUGCACCCCCAGGUCCUGCAGCUCCUCAUCAAGCUCUUUGAGACGGAGCACUCGCAGCUCGACGUCAUGGAGCAGAUGGAGCUGAAGAAGACCCUGCUGGACAGGAUGGUUCAUUUGCUGAGCAGAGGCUACGUUCUGCCGGUGGUCGGCUAUAUCCGCAAGUGCCUGGAGAAACUGAACACGGACAUCUCUCUCAUCAGAUACUUUGUGACUGAGGUACUGGAUGUGAUCGCUCCUCCUUAUACAUCAGACUUUGUGCAGCUGUUCCUGCCCAUUUUAGAGAACGACAGUAUUGCCGGCACCAUUAAAACAGAGGGGGAGUGUGAUCCUGUCGCAGAGUUUAUAGCACACUGUAAAUCUAACUUCAUCAUGAUGAACUGACCUGGA